CGCUGUGUGGUUCUGCUGAUUCCCUUGUCAGGACCCACCUGGACAAUGUCACCUUCAGAAGCAGACCAUUUUGCAGAUUCCGCACUCUGCUCUUCCUCAUUAAAGAUGCAGCCACCUGCUUGCAGUUAUCCUCUGGAAAAGGACGAAGACACACCCGAGGAAGAGAGGCACCUGAAGGUGGAACUGGAACAACCUCAGUGCGGUCGGGAGAACAGCAACUCUGACGGCGUCCCCUGGAAGCUUCCAGCAACCGGGCCUCUUAGUGGCGUGGAGAAGACGGAACCAUCCUUCCCAGAGGUGCAGCGCCCAGACUGCGGGCCCUCUCCUCGACCCCCCCCCCCGGAAAGCCUGUCCAAGAAGCACUGUCAGAACCAGGGGAAACUUCUCCACUUUGACCAGCAAGCCCCGGGCCGCGUCUCCACCUCGCCCACACUGAGGAGGUUAAGGGGCCGCAGCUGCGAGAGUGUGCGCGGGCCUGCGCACGGCACUGCGCAUGCGCCACCUCAGCCGGCGGCCUUUAAAGGGCCCGCCCUGGGGGGGGGGGCAGCUGAAAGGAGGCUUCCGGCACCUCGCAUUGCUUUUCUAGCGGGCUAUUUGGAAACCCAGAGGAGUUCUUCGCACUCCCUGUGGUCCCUGAGACUCCACUCAAGAUUGCCUCCGGACCCCGAAAGGACACUCAACGCAGCCGACUCGUUUGAGCUCCAAAUGGCGCCCAGUGAUGAGCUUGCCCUUCCCGUGCCUCAGCCCCUCAACGAGGGGUCGCUUCCUCAGGCCUCCCUUCCACGGAGUGGAGGCCAGCCAGCACCCAGCCGCGCCCCACAGCUCCCCAGGCCUCAGAGAGAAGAAUUGCAUCAGUCCAGAUUCUACGAGCACAGGAGGAGUUCUGUAGUGCUCAACUUAUCUGGACUUGAGGUGUUCCCUGGGGACUUUCUGGUGUCAGAUGGAGCUGCCAGUUACCUGUGCCACCCGCUUCUGCUGCUGAAUUCAGAAUCCAAAAAGCCAAGAUGGCCUUUCUCCAAGAGAGGAGUGGAUAAGACCUGGAAUGAAGUCGUGGAAACACAUCAAAAACUUCCUACUAAUCAAUUAGACCUGAGAAAGCAGCAAGAGGCUGUGUGGGAACUCUUCACGAGUGAAUGCACUUAUUUCUUGGACCAUUUAUUAGUUCUUAAGAUGAUCUUCAUGAAUACAUUAAAAUACCUACAGACUCAUGGAUAUCUCCUGGAUGUGGAUUUAUGGAGACUUUUUGCAAACCUGGAGGAGUUAAGUCAGACAAGCUUUGGUUUUGUGAACAGUCUUUUCCACAUCUUCAAGGACUAUGUCGACACUUCUGAGACUUUACCAUCGUUGGAUUUCAUUUCUGUGCUCACAAAGUAUUUCCAAGGAAGCCUGUGUCAGAGCCACCAGACCUACUGCCUGAAUUACUCAGCUGCUGUCUUUUAUCUUGAGAGUCUGAGGCAGAGAGGGGACUUUGGAAUUUAUUUAAAAUGGUGUGAGGACAAUGAACAGUGCAGACGCCUUCACCUACCUGAGCUCCUAGUGGCCCCACUACACAGGCUGAUGAGACCCUUGUUGCUGAAGAGCAUCUGGAAAAGGAGUACAGACUCUACGGAGAAAAUCAUGAUCUACUCCAUCAAGGAAAAGGUGGAAAAGUCAAUCUGGGAUCUUGAAGGAAAAGUGAAGUGGCUUGACAAUUUUCAAAAAUGCAGACAUCUACAGGAGAUUAUAGUGUGGCCUCCACUUUGGGAUAGAGAUAAAAGGUUUUUCAUUCCAGAGUGCCUGAAACACGUUUUUAAAGAACACAUGGCAGAAAACAUCCUGUCAGCAACCAACAGACACCUUCUCUAUGAAGGAAAAUUAACUCUUGCAGAAAGCACAAGAUUCCUAGAUGUUUAUCUGUUUCUCUUUGAUGAUUUCCUCUUAGUUACGAAAACUAAGCGCAACAAAAAGAAACUUGGAGGCUCAGACCCAGGUUUAACGUGCCCUUCACUUAUUCCUGAGCUACAAACAGUAAUCAAAGAAGGUGGUUCAUGUAUGGUACUCGAUCAGCCCAUUCCACUAGACAGAUUGGUUGUCAGAGGUCUCGAUCCACUCCACAUGUCAGUCUUUGGGCUGAGAAAUUCUUUCCUCAUACAACAUGAAAACAGCUAUCGACAGUGUAUAGCAGCAUUCUUAUUACAAGCCCAAACAGAAAACAUCAAGAAAACAUGGAUUGCACAAUUAACAGCAGCAAUCUCUUGCUUCACCAAGAGUCAGGAAACCAAGAAGAUGUCCAUAUUCACUUUGCCUGCAAAAUCCUCGGAAAUUUAAGGACCCAAAACAAGUGGCACACCUUUUUACACAUUGGGGAUUAAGGUAUUCUUUCAUUCAAACUUGUA